AUGACAGAAUGUGUCCUCUGCUGCCUGGCUACCUACUUGGAAGAACUCGCGGCCAUGGACCUGAAGAAGUUCAAGCUAUACCUGGGGACCACGGUCGAGCUGGGGGAGGGCAAGAUCCCUUGGGGACGGAUGGAGACGGCUGGCACCCUGGAAAUGGCUCAGCUGCUGGUGGCCCAUUAUGGGUCAGGAAAGGCCUGGCUGCUGGCUCUAAGCAUCUUUGAGAGGAUCAACAGGAAGGACCUAUGGGAGAGAGGACAGAGAGAAGACCUGGUGAGGGAUGCCCGGGAAACCUACCUCGACUACAUCCGGAGGAAAUUCCGGCUGAUGGAAGACCGCAAUGCACGCCUGGGAGAAUGUGCCAACCUCAGCCACCGAUACACCCGGCUCCUCCUCGUGAAGGAACACCCGAAUCCCAUGUGGGCCCGGGAGCAGCUUCUGGCCACCGGUGGGAGACACCCGAGAACCAGGGACCAGCAGCUCAGCCCCAUUCAGAUAGAGACCCUCUUCGAGCCGGACGAAGAACGCCCUGAGCCGCCCCACACGGUGGUCCUGCAAGGGGCCGCGGGGAUGGGCAAGUCCAUGCUAGCCCAUAAGGUCAUGUUGGACUGGGCCGAUGGCAGACUCUUCCAGGGCCGGUUUGACUUCCUCUUCUACAUCAACUGCAGGGAGAUGAACCAGAAGGCCCAGCGCAGCCUGCAAGACCUCGUGUCCAGCUGUUGGCCCGAGCACAGCGUUCCCCUGCCGGACCUUGUCAGGGUGCCCCAGCGCCUCCUGUUCAUUGUGGACGGCUUUGAUGAGCUCAAGCCCUCCUUCCACCACCCGCAGGGGCCCUGGUGCUCCCGCUGGGAGGAGAAGGAGCCCACGGAGCUCCUCCUGAGCAGCCUGAUUCGGAAGAUGCUGCUUCCCGAGUCUUCCCUGCUCAUCACCACCCGGCCCAUGGCUCUGGAGAAGCUUCACGGCUUGCUGGAGCAUCCCCGGCGCGUGGAGAUCCUGGGCUUCUGCGAGCCCGAGCGGAAGGAGUACUUCUACAAGUAUUUCGCCAGCGCCGAGCAGGCCGGCCUGGCCUUCAACUUCGUGAGGGACAACGAGCCCCUGUUCACCAUGUGCUUCGUGCCCAUGGUGUGCUGGGUGGUUUGCACCUGCCUCAAGCAACAGCUGGAGGUGAAGACGGUUGAUCCGGAAGUGAAGACGGGUGACCGGCUUCAGAAGCAGCAGCCAUUGAAAACCCUGGCGCCUGGACUGCCGGAGAGGGACAUGCUGCCCAAUGCCUACAGCGAGCACCUUGCGGCUGCUCUUGCCACCAACCCGAACCUGAUGGAGCUGGUUUUGUACCGAAACGCCCUGGGAAGCCGAGGGGUGCGGCUGCUGUGCCAAGGACUCAGACACCCCAACUGCCAACUUCAGAACCUGAGGCUGAAGAAGUGCCGGGUGUCCGCUGCAGCCUGCGACGACCUGGCGGCUGCCGUGGCGGCCAACCAGAGCCUCCGGAGGCUGGACCUCAGCAACAACAGUCUGGGGCUGCCGGGCAUGAAGCUGCUCUCUGCGGGGCUCAGGCACCCUGGAUGCAGGCUGCAGAAGAUCCAGUUGAGAAAAUGCCAGCUAGAGGCUGGGGCUUGUGAGGAGAUCUCGUCUGCGCUCUGCAGCAACCAGCACCUGGUGGAGUUAGACCUAACAGGCAACGCCCUGGAGGACGUGGGGCUGAGGCUGCUGUGCCAAGGCUUGAAGCACCCGAUGUGCCGGCUGCAGACCUUGUGGCUGAAGAUCUGCCGCCUCACAGUGGCGUCCUGCGGAGACCUGGCCUCCGCUCUUCAGCAGAGGCUGAGCCUGAGGGAGCUGGACCUGAGCCUGAAUGACCUGGGGGACCCUGGAGUGCUGCUGCUGUGUGAGGGUCUACAACACCCCAACUGCAAACUGCAGACCCUCAGGGUGGACAGCUGUGGGCUCACAGCUCAAGCGGGUGAAGACCUGUCUUCCGCCCUGGCAGCCAACCAGACGCUCACCGAGCUCUACCUCACCAACAACGCCCUGAGGGACGCCGGCGUCCAGCUGCUGUGCCACAGGCUGAGCCACCCGGGCUGCAAGCUUCGCGUCCUGUGGUUGUUUGGGAUGGAUCUGAAUAGAAAGACGCACAGAGCACUGGCCAUGCUUCGAGUGAAGAAACCCGACUUAGACAUUGGCUGCUAA